AGAGCGGGGCGCGCGGCGCCGCAGUGCGGGCGGCCGGAGCUGCGCUCACCUGGAGCUCACCUGCGCUGCCCUGAGGGCAUAGCGCCAUACCUGCGCUCAUAUCGCCACACCUGGGCUGCCCUGAGGGCAUAUCGCCACACCUGGGCUGCCCUGAGGGCAUAUCGCCACACCUGGGCUGCCCUGAGGGCAUAUCGCCAUACCUGCGCUCAUAUCGCCACACCUGGGCUGCCCUGAGGGCAUAUCGCCAUACCUGCGCUCAUAUCGCCACACCUGGGCUGCCCUGAGCGCAUAUCGCCACACCUGCGCUCAUAUCCCCACACCUGGGCUGCCCUGGGACAUAUCGCCACACCUGGGCUGCCCUGAGCGCACAUCGCCACACCUGGGCGCAUACCGCCACAGCUGCGCUCCCCUGCGCCAUGGUUCGCUUCGGGCUGACGGUCGUGCGGCAUGGAGAAACAAGAUACAACAAAGACAAGAUACUGCAAGGUCAAGGAGUGGAUGAGCCACUCUCUGCAACUGGUUUCAGGCAAGCAGAUGCUGCUGGUUUAUUUCUCAGUAAUGUAAAGUUUACCCAUGUCUUUUCAAGUGACCUCCUUCGAGCUAAGCAGACUGCUGCUGGAAUUCUAGGAAAAAACAAGUUUUGCAGAGAUCUGGAAAUCAAGUAUGAUGCAAGACUGCGAGAGAGAAAAUAUGGUGUUGCAGAAGGAAGGCCUUUGGCUGACCUCAAGGCUAUGGCAAARGAUGCUGGGGAGCAAUGUCCUUCAUUCACACCUUCUGGCGGAGAAACACUGGAUGAAGUGAGAGAACGUGCAAGGGAUUUUUUUGAAUUCCUGUGCCAGCUGGCUGUUGAGUUGGAGCAGAAGCAGCACAGCAGUGUUGGUGCACCGGGCAGGAGCUCAGCAACAUCUGGAGAACACUUUGUUUUUCCUUGGACAAACCACUGCAGUGAGGCAGAGCUGAGUUCGGAGGGCAGUGGAUCUUCCGCAAUAUUAGAUGCCAAUAUUUUGGUGGUGAGUCAUGGAGCCUACAUGAGGAACUGGAUUGGCUAUUUUGUUUCAGAUCUCAACUGUACCUUACCAGUAAAUUUAACCAAGUCGCAGCUGUCUUCUGUCAGUCCCAAUACAGGAGUCAGUCAUUUUGUUAUAAAACUUGGAAAYGGGAAUUCAUUAAAACCUGAAAUCACAUGUGUCUGUCUGAACCAAGACUCUCACUUGGUGGRUGUGGAAGCUGAAUCAGUAGCUUCAAAAGUGUUUUAAGAGUCUCUGUGGGGGGAAAGUGGGUUUAGAUCACCAUUUUGCUAAGCUUGAGGAAAAUAUCUGUAGUAAUUACUGAGAUUGACUGGAAUUGCUGACACUAAACUGCAAAAAGGGAGACAAGCAACUGCUUACUAUCUUAAAAAAACCCACAAUUUGCAUGGUCCUAGUGCCCAGUAUAAGUUGGCAGUAGCAAAAUGAAACAAAUAUUUUCUGUUCUCACAAACAAUACUUCCAGUCACUUGCAUAUCUGCUGCUAGAACACAUAUUUUAAAUGACUCUUUUCCAUUGCUCCAUAAUUAUUUUGGUUACCUCCAUGUGAAAGAGUUGGGGAGGGAAGAGGAGCAGGACCUCAAAGAUGAGCUAUACUGUAUUCUUGUUUUAUUACAAAGUGAUAUAUUGUAAUAGGAAACAUACAUGUUGUCUUAAAUUUCUGAAUGCAAUAGUAUAACCUAGGAAGGAGCUUUGCCCAAUGGGAAAGAUUAGAUCUGUGAGUCUCUGGGCAAGUCUGCUUUCCGUUUGUAGGCUGGGAAUGAUGACAAACCUACCUCGCCAGGAAUAUUUCCUGAGAAAUUGUUCAGGUUGUCGAGAUCUCUGUGGAGAAGCAGUGUACACAAAGUAUUUUGAGCUCUAAGCAGGAUGAGGAACCUCACGUGCACAUAGUAAUGAUUUAUUUUCUGGAAAAGGAGCUUUCUCUCUGGGGGGAGUUGAACCCAAGUGGGAUCCUUCUAUCAGCUGCAGUUGUGCCCUUGAUUCUUUGAAUAUUUUUGCCUAGAACAAGGCAAGUUUGAUUGUUUGGCCAUUGUUGGUGUGAAUACUGCAUUCUUUCCCUGCUGGGGUGUUUGUGGUGUUACAGUGUGARCUUAUCUGGUUUAUGUUAUUUAUAAUACUUGCAUACUUUUUCGUCAUUUGCUUAUUUUAAGCCUGUUAAAAAAAUUAAAAAUUAAAGAGUCCUGAAUAGAA